UGGAUCCAGAUCUUCUGCUUUUCUUCUAUAAACAAAACAUGGGGUUCCCCCCUCUGCAAUCCCAAAACAGAUCAUCUGUUCUCUUCUCUCAGCAAUGCCUGCAAGCCUAAGGCAUCUCUUGCUUUCUCCCAGUAUCUUCUCCUUCAUCUUACUUCUUUCGAUAAACACUCUUUUCUUCUGUUGUUGUUACUCUAUUAAUGAGGAGGGACGAGCUCUUUUAACAUGGAAGAACAAUUUAAACAGCUCCACAGAUGCACUGCACUCUUGGAAUCCUGCAGAACCAAGUCCAUGCAACUGGUUUGGGAUUCACUGCAGCUCAAAUGGCGAAGUGGUCGAGAUAAGCUUGAAAGAAGUAGAUUUGCAAGGUCCAUUGCCUUCAAAUUUACAAUCUCUCAGGUCUUUGAAGACCAUUUCCCUAUCAUCAACAAAUCUUACUGGAACAAUACCAAAGGAACUUGGAGAAUAUCACGAGCUCAGUUUCAUUGAUCUCAGUGGAAAUUCUCUCUCAGGUGAAAUCCCAGAGGACAUUUGCAGGCUAACCAAACUGCAAACUUUAUCUCUCUUUUCAAAUUUCCUCGAAGGUGAUAUUCCUUCCAAUGUUGGAAACCUCUCAAGUCUUGCAUAUCUAACUCUCUAUGACAAUCAACUCAGCGGUGAAAUUCCAAGGAGUAUUGGAGCAUUAAGAAAGCUACAAGUCUUCCGAGCAGGCGGGAAUAAAAAUCUCAAGGGCGAGCUGCCUUGGGAAAUUGGUAACUGCACGAACUUGGUUAUGUUAGGCGUGGCCGAAACCAGUAUUUCUGGAAGCCUUCCUUCAUCAAUCGGAAUGCUGAAAAGACUUCAAACGUUAGCCGUUUAUACGUCUCUAUUGUCUGGUUCCAUCCCAGAAGAGAUUGGAAACUGCAGUGAGUUGCAGAACCUGUACUUGUAUCAGAAUUCCCUCUCCGGCUCAGUCCCAAGGAAAAUUGGGGAGCUCAGCAAGCUCCAGAGUUUAUAUUUGUGGCAGAACAGCCUAGUUGGUUCAAUCCCAGAUGAGAUAGGAAGCUGCAGAGAGCUCACAGUCAUCGACUUCUCAGAAAAUCUUCUGACAGGCAGCAUACCAAAAAGUUUGGGAGAACUUUCCAAACUUCAAGGGCUUCAGCUGAGUGUUAAUCAGUUAUCAGGUACCAUACCUUCUGAGAUCUCAAAUUGCAAUGCUCUGACUCAUCUGGAAGUCGAUAACAAUGACAUUGGAGGCGAGAUUCCUUUUCUGAUUGGCAACCUGAAGAACUUAACUCUAUUCUUUGCCUGGCAGAACAGGCUAACUGGAAAUAUUCCAGAGAGCCUCUCUGAGUGCCGAGAGCUUCAGGCUCUUGAUCUGUCUUAUAACAAGCUAUUUGGUCCAAUACCAAAGCGGAUAUUUGCAUUGAAAAAUCUCAGCCAGAUACUGCUACUUUCCAAUGAUCUCUCGGGCUUUAUACCUCCUGAUGUGGGAAACUGCACAAACUUGUACCGGUUAAGGCUCAAUGGCAAUAGGCUUGCAGGCACUAUUCCAUCGGAGAUUGGAAACUUGAAGGGUUUGGAUUUCAUGGACGUGAGCAUGAAUCGUCUUGUUGGAGGAAUUCCUCCAUCCAUAUCUGGAUGCCAAAGCCUCGAGUUUCUUGAUCUGCAUUCAAAUGGACUCUCUGGUCUUUUGCCAGAUACUCUGCCCAAAAGCCUUCAGUUCGUUGACAUCUCGGACAAUAGGCUUACGGGGCCAUUGACUCAUAGCAUUGGGUCAUUAACAGAAUUAUCCAAGCUCUAUGUAGGGAAGAAUCAACUUUCUGGUCAAAUCCCAACAGAGAUCCUGUCUUGCAGUAAGCUACAACUAUUAGACCUCGGGAGCAAUAAUUUCUACGGCGAGAUUCCAAAGGAACUUGGUCAAAUUCCAGCACUAGCAAUCUCUCUCAAUCUAAGCAGUAACCAACUUUCAGGUGAGAUUCCAUCUGAAUUCUCUGGUCUUACCAAGCUAGGAGUCCUAGAUAUCUCCCACAACAAGCUCAGUGGAAACCUUGACACUCUGGCAAACCUUCAAAACCUUGUCUCCCUCAAUGUCUCCUUCAAUGACUUCUCCGGUGAAUUGCCCAACACUCCAUUCUUUCGGAAACUUCCUCUCAGUGACUUGGAAGCAAACAAAGGUCUCUACAUCUCCAGUGGGGUUGUAACUCCGAUGGGACCGGACCACCGCGCCAGAUCAGCUAUGAAGCUAGUGAUGUCCAUCCUCCUUAGCGCCAGCGCAGUACUGAUACUGCUAGCAAUCUACAUUUUAGUACGUGCCCGCAUGGUGAGCAGGAAGCUCAUGGAAGAUGACAUCUGGGAAAUGACUCUGUAUCAAAAUAAGCUCGAAUUCUCCAUUGAUGACAUCGUCCAGAAUCUAACAUCUGCUAACGUGAUUGGCACUGGGAGCUCUGGAGUUGUGUACAGAGUGAUAAUUCCAAAUGGAGAAACACUAGCAGUGAAGAAGAUGUGGUCAUCUGAUGAGUCAGGAGCAUUCAGCUCUGAAAUCCAGACACUUGGUUCAAUCAGACACAAAAACAUCAUUCGACUUUUGGGUUGGGGAUCAAAUCGGAAGCUAAAGCUGCUGUUCUACGAUUAUCUGCCGAAUGGAAGCUUGAGUUCACUUCUUCAUGGUGCUGGGAAGGGAGGAGCAGAGUGGGAGGCUAGAUACGAUGUCGUUUUAGGCGUGGCUCAUGCCCUUGCUUACUUGCACCAUGACUGUGUGCCUGCAAUUUUGCAUGGGGAUGUGAAAGCCAUGAAUGUGUUGUUGGGUCGUCGCUAUGAACCUUUCCUGGCUGACUUUGGUUUGGCUAGAAUUGUGAACAGCAAUGGUGAUGAUGAUGCUACCAAACCAAGUCAAAGACCUCAUCUUGCUGGUUCUUAUGGAUACAUGGCUCCUGAGCACGCAUCGAUGCAGCGUAUCACUGAGAAGAGUGAUGUUUAUAGCUUUGGUGUGGUCCUUCUGGAGGUCUUGACCGGAAGGCACCCAUUAGACCCGACUUUGCCCGGGGGUGCAUAUUUGGUUCAGUGGGUUCGUGACCACUUAGCCAACAAGCGAGACGCGGCUGACAUUCUUGAUCCAAAGCUCAGGGGGAGGGCUGACCCUACAAUGCAUGAAAUGCUUCAAACGCUAGCGGUUUCGUUUCUCUGCAUCAGUACCCGACCUUCCGAUCGUCCUAUGAUGAAGGAUGUCGUUGCAAUGCUCAAAGAAAUUCGACAUGUCGAGGCCACAAGGCCGGAGCCUGACAUGUCAAAGGGAGGUUUGUCAGCUGCUAUUCGUUCCUCAUCUCCUGCUAGGAAAGUAGUUUCACAAGGCUCUUCUAAUUGCUCCUUUGCUUUCUCCGAUGAUUCCCUCUAAGAAUCCUGUAAAUUAAGAUUUCACAAGGCAAUUUGCUAGCUGUUUUGUGCAUAAUAUUCAGGCCAGGAAUGAGAGGGAACAAGAUCCUUUCUAAUAUCCAAUUAGUUAUAGUGGGAGAGGGGUGCAGGGCUCACUUGCCAAGGCACUUCGAGCCCGAGACCCUCUUUUACAGGGAAUCUUCGGUCCAUUACACCAAGGCAGAAGAUUACAAGAGGAAUUGUAAUGUAUUUUGGUUUUGUAGUUUCUACUGCAUGUGGUUGUAAUCAUUUAGCAAAAUUCUGAAUUGAAUUAGUAAAAUAGUCUUAGCGUAAGCUAUGUAACAUAAUUUUGGUGCUUUAAAAUUGCAACUUCCUUCGUGGCUCCGCCAUAGAGGGGGGAUUAUGGUGGGAAUAGUGAUGGCUUAAUUGUCUCUUGAAGGUGAGAUGGUGAUUGAU